AUGACCCACUUGAGCUCAGAUAGAGAAUGCACCGUUUUCGAAAUUCUCUCCGUCUCUCCCUAUCAAAAAUCUUUCUCUGUGUUCAAACCUACAAUUCUCAUGCCUUCAGCACAGGACUUCUGUCCCAAAGACUAUCGCGGCGUAGCAUCCACUAUCGUCCUUCGUCCGACUGCCGUUCUUUUGGAUUCCGAAAUGCGCACAAUCCAGAUGCCUUUCAGACAAGCCGAAAAUUUUCUUCCUUUCGCCAACAAAUCAUCGGCUCAAAUUCCAGUCGGAGCAUUUCCACGCUUACUCAAUGUAAUCCUGUCGCGUGAAAGUUCUCCAAAGUGUUCGGUGUAUGAUAUAGACACUGCCUCAUUUCCGGAAGACCUUGGACUGGAUCCGUUUCAUGGAACCCCUACAACAUUCAGACCUCCAGUACUGAUGUGGGGCCUAGCCACCUCAGCGGCUGGCAUUGACGAGGCACUUCCACUAUGGAAAGAUUGGAUGAAGGAAGACGAUCACAUCAAGAAGCGAAGAAAGGGAUCUUCAGCAUUGCUUCUCUUAUCGGCAGAAGAUGCACCGGAGACACAGGAACAAUCACGUUCACAAAUUUCGCAAUCUGGAUUGAACAUCGAAAUGGAAGUAGUUCACGCUUCUCAUCAGGCACGGCGUUACUUUGCUCUUAUCCGCUGGUUAUGGUACACGACCAAAGAUCGUACGGGUACCGAGGAGAUAGAUUGGUAUGUGUUGUGUGAUGACGACACUUACUUCCUGGACACCAAAUCGACUCGACAUGGCAUUUCUUUUAUCUUGGCACGUUUUCAAGAUCCCAAGAGUUUCCCUUAUCUUAUCAGCUCUAUGAACAAGACGUUGAGCCAUACCCAACCAGAAGAGAAUGGAGUAUCUAGCGGUUCUGGUAUAUUUAUCUCACGUGAAUUGAUGCGCAUGAUGAACUUGCCUGGACAAUGGGAAGCAUGUGACGAAGAGUUUUCUGAGUUCUCAGGAGAUAAAUUGGCUUGUUCUGGUACAAACCAAUUCAUAUCAGGUCCCACUAUCAUAUCUUGGUGUGCAGCACGUGCACUGAAAGCUAACUCUUUGAAGGACUUCAUCUCUGUGAUGCCCAACUUACACACAUUGGAAGUGAAGGGCGAUGCACAUGGUAUAUUUCAAGCUGGAUGGGAAUUUCUAAGCCUUUAUAAUUUCCGCACUUCAUUUCAGUUCUUCCCAAAAUCUCAUCAUCAUGUUCUGAACGACGAAGUUGAAACUGUUAAGUUGAUUGGCCUCAUCUCUCGGGCAAUCGGCUCGGCAAACUGGGGUCGUAGAUUCGUCUGGGGCGUUGACAGUGACGAGAACCCAACUGGAGAAUCACUUGUGAUCUGUCUUGGCUUCAGCAUCACCAAAUAUGCCGCGGGGGUGAUGGAUACGAAUAUGUUGAGAUCGGUGGAGGAAACAUUUGAUUCAGCAAACUUGACUUCGCCAAUUCGUCCCAAACUCGUUGAAGGACUUCAGAAGAAUACAUACUUCAUCGCGGAUGCUCAAUUUCUCCCUGCUUAUAGUCCUAGCAAGAGGUUCACUCAGAAGCCGGUUCCGGAAGUACUGAUGAUGCGUUAUAUGAAUUCCGACCGAGAGACCCUUGACAUUAUCUGGGAUCCACGCAAACAUAGAAAUUGA